AUGGAUAUUUCGUCCACUGGCACUAUCUAUGUGAAUAUCAAUAGCAAAGGCUUGGUGGCAGUAUUUGCUCAUCUGAUAUUGGCCCUACUUCAUCUACUCAAAAGCCCAAACCAACAUUUGAAGUCAUUUACAUUGCUUCCUCCUAUGAGUCCCCAAAAGGUCUAUGACAUCUGCUCAUCUACUCACCGCCCUUACCACGUGACCAACCUGAUAACAUUCAUUGCCUGGUCGGGACGACUACUUCUUGAUCAGACCAAUACAAUGGCCAUGGCGACAUCGGGCGCCCAUAUUAAACGACCCUCUCCAUCUAUCGACCAGAACAAUCCGAAGCGGAUAAAGCGCCACUAUCAUCACCACCAUCGUUUGCAGGAGCCCGUGAUUCUCCCAUCCACCUCCGAGCCGGUCGUGCAAGAUGACACCCAUCUCGACCAAUUGAUGAAUCGUGCAGUCGGCCAGACUCUGAAGGACUCGGGGUUUGAGGUGGCCGAUCCAGCUGCACUGUCGAGUCUCUGCAGUGCUACUGAGGAGUACAUGCUACGACUCUCCACAUUCAUUCGUCAGUCUAUGCUAUCUGCACGACGCGUCCAACCAAUCCCGCAAGAUUUUGACCACGCUCUGAAGCGUUUACACCUCAAUCCCGAUGAUCUUCUUCCUCAUCUCAAAUCAGCGCCCUCAGACAAACCCACACCGACAUUAUUGCCAUCUCCCCCACCAGAGAAUGAAAUAUCCAAAUCUCUCCCAUUUCUCACGGCUCUGAGCAGCGAAGACGACCGCGCAAAUCGUCCCUACAUCCCCAAACACUUCCCCAGCUUCCCUAGCAAACACACCUAUUCUGCCACCGCAGUUUUCAUUGGACGAGACAACGACCCGCGCAAGAUUAGGGAACGCGCUGCAGAGGAUGGACGACAUGGCGAAGAAGCUUUGCGCAAAUUAGCGAGUGCUGCAUUCCGCGACAACCAGACGGGCUCGACUGGCCGCGAUAAGAAACUCUGGGGUCGGAGAACGGACAGCAUGGAAAGCAUGUUCGAAAAGACGGUCAAGGGACUAUCCAAAAAGCAUGGCAAGGAAUCCAGUUCAGCCAUGGAUAUUGAUUCGGGACGCCCGGCGGAUGCCGACAAAUCCCGGCUCAAGCUCUCGUGGAAUAUGGAGUUGGGCCCCAUUGUCAACUGUGAGCGAGAUCUCUGGCGCAGGACAAGCUCGAAUGCACGGCGAGGAGAGGAGAAGACUCCAAAGCCUCCAGCAAGUAUCGAUCCAGCGGAUGUCAUGAUUGACAUAUAA